UUAAACCCUCAUAUUAAAUAUGAAUAAAAAUUCACGCUCGAUCUAAUCUUAUGCUAAAAAUUUUAAAAAUAUAUAUAAAAAAAAAUCUUCAUGAACUGUCCAAAUAUUAUUGAAAAACUCAAAGUUUGUUAUUUAUCAUCGUUGCAGAGUCCAAAAGUUCGUACAAAUAAAAAUAUUUGCACGAGCCUAAAUGUCACAACUACUUUUGGUGUAUAUAUACACAUGGAUAUAAUAGUAGUGGUGAUUUGAAGAAUUUAUCAAAAAAAAAAAAUAGUGAUUUGAAGAAGAAAGAAGCAAACUUGACAGGCGUAUGUGGUCCUAGACAAUUUUAUUUCAUUCUUCUUUAUUAGUUUGAUUACAUUACAGGGUUGCAAGGGAGGCGUAAUAUGGACCCGCAUGGAGAUGAUGAUGGUGGUUGUGAGGUGGUGGAGACUCAAGAGCUGUGGGACGGGAAGGAGAUCCGAAGGUAUUGGUCAGAGGUAUCUGUGUCUGUCACCGAUGAUAAGAGCUUCUCCACUACUCAGCCUCUUUUGCUGAAGAGGCGAAACACCACUUCCCAAAUUGCCAUAGUUGGCUCCAAUCUCUAUUCCAUCGAGAGUCUUGACUAUGAGAUUGCUGAAAAUGAACUCUUUAAGCAGGAUUGGAGAUCAAAGAAGAAGAAGCAAAUAUUUCAGUAUGUACUGCUCAAGUGGGCAUUUGCUCUUCUCAUUGGACUCGGAACUGGACUAGUUGGCUUCUUAAAUAACAUUGCAGUCGAGAAUAUUUCAGAUUUUAAGCUUCUGUUGACUACUAAUCUUAUGUCUGAGCAAAGAUACUACACGGCUUUUGCAGCAUAUGCUGGUUGCAACAUUUGUUUAGCAGUUGCGGCAGGUGCGCUAUGUGCUUAUAUUGCUCCAGCUGCAGCAGGUUCUGGUAUUCCAGAGGUCAAAGCCUAUCUCAAUGGGAUCGAUGCUCAUUCAAUACUUGCUCCAAGCACCCUCUUUGUCAAGAUAUUUGGAUCCAUUCUAGGAGUCUCUGCAGGCUUUGUGGUGGGUAAAGAAGGGCCUAUGGUACAUACAGGGGCUUGCAUAGCCUCUCUGCUUGGGCAGGGAGGUUCCCGCAAGUAUCAUUUGACAUGGUCAUGGCUGAGAUACUUCAAGAAUGAUAGGGAUAGGCGAGACUUGAUCACUUGUGGUGCUGCUGCUGGUGUAGCUGCAGCAUUCCGUGCCCCCGUUGGUGGUGUUCUGUUUGCCCUUGAGGAGGCUGCUUCCUGGUGGCGGAGUGCUCUUCUUUGGAGAGCAUUUUUCACAACAGCAGUAGUUGCUAUAGUACUGAGAGCUUUUAUACAAUUUUGCUCUACGGGAAAUUGUGGUCUAUUCGGGCUAGGAGGUCUGAUCAUGUAUGAUGUAAGCUCAGCUGAGGCAAUAUUUAGUGCCCCUGAUAUCUUGGCUGUGAUAUUCCUUGGUGUUAUUGGAGGAUUACUAGGAAGUCUCUACAACUACCUUGUGGACAAGGUCGUUCGAACUUAUAGCAUUGUCAAUGAGAAAGGUCCUGUUCCAAAAAUCUUACUGGUUUUGACUAUAGCCAUUUUGACUUCAUGCUGCACUUACUUCUUGCCUUGGUCUGCCAAGUGCAUCCCUUGCCCCGAAGACAUCACAGUUAGCUGCCCAACUGUUACUUCUGGUAACUAUAAGGCCUUUCAGUGUCCACCAGGCCACUACAAUGAUCUCGCCUCCCUCUUCUUAAACACCAACGACGAUGCUAUUCGCAACCUCUUCAGUACAGGCACCAAAAAGGAAUUCCAGAUAUCCUCACUCUUCAUCUUCUUUGUAGCUGUUUACUUCCUUGGAAUCGUAACUUAUGGAAUAGCUAUUCCCUCUGGCCUUUUUAUCCCAGUCAUACUCGCUGGAGCUUGUUAUGGCAGACUUAUUGGAAGACUCUUCGAAACAAUCUCUCACUUGGACACUGGUCUCUUUGCCUUACUUGGUGCAGCCUCUUUCCUCGGCGGCACCAUGAGAAUGACAGUUUCCUUGUGUAUCAUACUGCUUGAACUCACAAAUGACUUGUUGCUGCUCCCCCUUGUGAUGAUUGUUCUUCUAAUAUCUAAAACUGUGGCUGAUAUCUUCAACAAGGGAGUGUAUGACCAAAUCUUGAAAAUAAAGGGAUUGCCUUACAUGGAGGCUCAUGCUGAGCCUUACAUGAGGCAUUUGGUUGCUGGUGAUGUUGUUUCAGGUCCAUUGAUCACCUUUUCUGGCAUCGAAAAGGUGGGAAAUGUUUUACAUGCUCUGAGGACAACAGGGCAUAACGGGUUUCCGGUGGUUGAUGAACCACCUUUUUCAGCCUCUCCAGAGCUGUGUGGUCUGGUGUUGAGGUCUCAUUUGCUGGUUCUGCUAAAGGGGAAGAACUUUACCAAGGAGAAAGUUAUGUGUGGUAGAGAGAUACUAGGAACGUUUUGUGCGUCUGAUUUUGCAAAAGCAGGAUCAGGGAAAGGAAUCAAAUUGGAGGAUCUUGAUAUUGAAGAGGAGGAGAUGCAGAUGUACGUGGACCUUCAUCCUAUUACAAACACAUCUCCAUACACAGUGGUUGACUCAAUGUCACUUGCCAAAGCUGCCAUUCUCUUUCGCCAACUUGGCCUCAGGCACAUGUGUGUGGUGCCAAGGAGCCAACGGCAGACAGAUCCAAUUGUGGGAAUUUUGACGAGGCAUGACUUUAUGGAGGAGCACAUUUUUGGACUGUACCCUCAUAUGGAUCCUCACAAGCUAAAGUAAUGCACCAUGUCAUGUCAUCAAAAGUGUGUUUGUUGUUGAGUGUUGACACAUGACAAUAGUGUACAUUUGGGAGGAAGCAUUCGAUGUCAACUGCAAUGACAUUUCUUCAAUCUGAUGUACAGCUGAGUUGGGUACUAUACUAUGGCAUCUAUAUGAUAUCCUCCGCCCAAUGUUGCAACUCUCACACUAUGAUUUCAGCUUUUAUCCUCUUCAAUUCAUCCAUUGUUUGUCACAUAUAAAAGUCGGUUUCAUUGUUUUGGUUUUACUUUUUUGGGGUAGUUUCUUUCUAUUGUUAUUUUUUUCUCAUUAAAUAAAAUUUUUGCUAUAAGGCAAUAAUGUGGUUAUGGUGCCUAAUUUUAUGAGUGUUUGGAUUUAGGAUGAGACACCACUCUUAGUGGUUUAAAGAUUUAGAAUUUAAAUACAAAUAUUUAUAAUAUACCACUUCCAGUGGUAUUUGACACCGUAUGUGCCUUAUAGCAAUAAACAUGUAAUGUUUACGUGUCUA